AUGAUGAUGUCGUUAUCGGGAGAGCUGGGUAGUAUCAGAACAAUCCUUAUGCGAUUAGAAAGACCCCUUGGUGAAGAGCAUACACACUUUGUGCUGGAAGAUGCUACUGGAAGAGCUUUCCCUGUUUAUCUGAAGACCAUCACCUCAUGGGACGCGUUUGAGUACCUCAUUACCGACCGUUUCAAAGGCAAGAAAGGCGCUCAUCGAGUUCAACGGAAACGCUACGCGCUUCAAAACCGGGGCACUCAAAAAGAGGUCGAUCGAUCAAUCCAUUGGGAUAACGCAUUUCUACCACAUCAGAGAGUCGACAUGAGCUUGAUAUGCAGGGAAGCUCAAGCCCUGGCGCAGACUACAUUGGCGCCCAGUUGCCCAUUCUGCGGGUCGAUAUCCCCAGGUGAGGCAGACAUUGAAGUACAAUGUUCAAAGUGCAACAUGUUCUUCACAAGGGUAGUGGAAGUUGAUGACGAGGAAUUACCGACCCUUCCAAGCCCUCCUCAAGGUCGCAAUGUUCGUUUUGGCGAAUCAGCUUUCACUGCCACCACCAAACGUCCAAGGGAUGAUGAAGACUGGGAGAACAGCGAUGGAUGUUCAUGUUCGAAACCAAAACGACACAAAAGGCAACAAGACCUGAAGAGAAAGUCGCGCCGAGAUGAAUCGGAAUCCGACUCCGACGAAGAGGACGUUCGUGGCUUCAUGAGGGUCAAGCUGAUCUCAAAGCGAAUACGUGUGCAAGAGUCGCACGCACCAUUCCAUGCUCUUACUACAGAAUCAAUUGAUUCUAUGGUUCAGAAGGUACUGGGACAACAAACAGGCGUUUCUGCUGCAACCUUGGAGGUUGAAGGAAAUGGAACAAUUCCAUUCAGUUACGGAACAGGUAGCAGCUUCGAGGAUGUUCCUCAGGGCAACGGCCCGAUCUCAGUAUUCCGUGCAACUGGAAUCGACUCGGACAGCGACAGAACCAGUAACAACCCAAACAGCGUUGUUUUCAGGGAUGUUACCGCCAAUUCAACAAUUCAAUCUGCUUCAACUCCUCACGAGGAGUCCAAAUACGACUCAUCCAAGGACACUCCCCAGCGACCCGCGACUAAUACACACUUCGGUACCCUCAGCUCCGACCUCAGCAAAGAUAAACUUUAUUCCGGAAUGGCUUCACCGCGGUACACGAGUGACGGCUAUUAUGCAACCGCGUCUUUGAGUGCUGCUCCGUCGCAUCCAAAUGACAAUCGCAAAAGUAGCUAUAUCUAUUUUCAAGCUUCUGAGUCUGACGAGGAAGAAAUUAUCGAAGUUGACGGGGAAAAAUACGUGAUUCCAGUGAAAUCAAAAAGACAAACUACUACUAGCCCCCUAAGUCCCCAGCAGGAGAAGAAACCAGCCCCUGUCCGUCUGGCCACUGAAACUGAUGCAAAAAAGUUCAACAUUCCUCCAGGAUACUCCCUUAAGAAUUGGGACCCUACUGAGGUGCCAAUUCUUCUUUUUGGCAGUGUCUUUGAUACCAACUCCCUCGGCAAGUGGAUCUAUGACUGGACAGUCUACUACCAUGGGCCUGCUACUCCUAUCCCCGAAAUGGCUGGUGAGCUCUGGCUCCUUUUGAUCCAGCUGGCAGGAAACACUAAGCGUGCGGAUGCGGCCGUUGAGUUGGUUCGCAACUCCGAGAGCAAGGAGAUUGUGUUGGACUUCGUCGAUGCGGGUGAGCGCCUGAUUGAUAAGCUCCGCAAGCUUCUCAAAGCAUGUGAGGCACCUAUGCUUAAAACUAAAAAGAAGGGUGCUCCGCUUGGCAAGGAAGCCGGCAUUGAGUUUGUCAAAACUCUUUUCGACCGUGAUCGAGAACUGGAAAGGACUGAGCGUUUUAUGACAGCCCUUCGUCUUUUCAAUCUGAGAUUUGAUUCUAAUUGCGGUGAAAUCAUUCGCAACCCUACGCGUUAA